UCUGAAGUUGUGGAGAAGUUUACCUCUCAUGUCUAUCUCAGUUCAUUGAGGAAGCUGGAGAGAGAGAUGAGUGGACAGACGGUCCCUGCGGACUUCUCAGGACACAUGUUGGACCUGGACGAAGACGAAGACCUGGAGGUGUUCACCAAGCAGAACACAUCACUGGCAGAUGGAGGUCCAAUGCCCAACUCUCCCAGCUCCAUGGUCAACCAGUACCGACUGGAAGAGGACGAGGAACCGCAGGACGCCAACAUCAAAGACCUCUUCAUCACCGUUGACAACCCAGAGAGCCAUGUCACUGCCAUCGAGACCUUUAUCAUGUACAGAGUGGUGACCAAGACCACACGGAGUGAGUUUGACUCCAGUGAGUAUGAGGUACGCCGGCGCUACCAAGACUUCCUGUGGCUCCGAAGUAGACUGGAAGAAAGCCACCCAACACUCAUCGUCCAUCCUCUGCCUGAGAAGUUUGUGAUGAAAGGCAUGGUGGAGCGCUUCAAUGACGACUUCAUUGAGACCAGGAAGAAAGCUCUGCACCGCUUCGUCAACAAGAUCUCUGAGCAUCCCAUCCUGUCCUUCAGCCAGCACUUCAAACUCUUCCUCACUGCACAGGACUUGGCGUCUCACAGGAAACAGGGUCCAGGCUUCCUGAGCCGGAUGGGAGAGACGGUGAGAGCGGUGGCCAACUCAGUGCGAGGCCUCAGGAGCCGACCGGAGGAGUUUGGUGUCAUGUGGGAGUACGUGGAGGACUUCAGCAACAAGAUCUCCUCUGUGGACAAAGUCACCCAGAGGAUCAUCAGGGAACAGAAAGAGCAUCUGGAUGAGCUGAAGCAGUACGGACCCACCUACACCCAGUGGGCGGGGUUAGAGGAGGAGCUGGAGGAGCCGCUGAAGGGCGUGGCCGGCUGUGUGGAGCGCUGCAGCAAGGAAACAGAGGAGCAGAUCCACCACCUGUCUGAAGUCCUGGUCCCCGCCCUGCAUGAGUACGUCCUCUGUGCUGAGACGCUGAAGGCUGUGAUGAGACGGAGAGACAACAUCCAGGCUGAGUUUGAGGCCAAGAACGAGGCCCUGGCAUCCAAAAAAGUCGACCAAGAAGCACUUCAGGAGGAGGUGGAUGGCCUGGCAGACCGGGUGGAACAAGCCAACAAUGUCUUAAAAGGAGACUGGUCCCGCUGGCAGGACAGUAUGAGAACUGACCUCAAGUCAGCAUUUAUCUCCACUGCUGAGAAGAAUGUGGAAUACUACGAGCAGUGCCUGGCUGUGUGGGAGUCGUUCCUGCUGUCUCAGAAAGAGGAGCCCGGUGAACAGAGAGAGGAGGAAGACGCUGCCUCUUAAUGUGUUGACUUGAUCCAAACUUAAAGGUUGCCUCUUUCAGAACUACAUAAUGCACACCCACUUUUUUGUCUGUCCUCCAAAAACCCCUCUAAAUAUAGACUCUAACCCAAUGUCAACUCAUGCACACAUGCAUCAUGUACGAAACAAGCGCACUCUGUCUCUCUUCCUCUCUGUCUGUCAGGCCAAAGAUGUUAAUCCCAGUCUCACCAUUCCAGUGAUGAUGGUUCAUCACUAAAACCUACACUGUGAUCCAAAUAUCCAUAUGUUAGUGUUUACACACCUCCAUGUGCAUGGCCAACAAUGAAGUGAAGACUCCUGGUGUUUCUAGCUCUUUUUUUCUUUUUUUUUUUUACUGUUUCCAGAUGCAAUUUUCAUCUCACCUCAUCAGUGGAACCACAGUACAGAAAGCUGUGUCUCUGUUCAGGAGAUUUCUACUUAGAGACAUUCAGACUACUAAAGUGUGACCUCAUCAUAAGUUCCCACUCCUCACCUCUCAAAAAAAAAACACAAAACUAAAGAUUGAUUCAGGCCGUCCUGCUCAGCUCCUCAAGUUGGAACUUUACCAUCAGGAAGUUUGACUUUUAAACAGACGUUAAUUCCUUCAUACCUAUGAUAAUAAUAAUAAUAAUAACUGUGUACACAGUUUUCCUGCUGUGGUCCCUCUGCUGCUGUUUCUGACCUUUCACACGUUGUAGUGAUUUCACUGUGUUCACCAAAGAGCACUUUGUUGAGUAUAAUAUUAUUUUAACUGAUCUGAAUGAUGACCAAAACUAUGAAAAUAAGAACCAUUCUGUAAUAAACAGUAACAUCCAUCAAUGGUAAAUAUAUCAACAGGAUUUCCAUUUCUUUAUGAUUUUUCUGCAACUUACAAUUAUUUUCAUUACCAAUGAAUCUGUUGAUUUUUUUUUUUUACAUUUAUUUUUGAAUCCAUAAAAUGUCAGAAGUGUUGAUCAGUGUUUCUAAAAGCUCCAGAUGAUGUCAUCAAAUGUUUUGUUUUGUCCACAACCCAAAUAUAUUCAGUUUACUGUCACAGAGGAUGAAAGAAACAAAGAACAUUCACAUUUUAGAAGCUGGAAUCAGAAAAUGUUGGCAAUUUCUUUUCUUUUUUUAAACGACUCAAAACAAUGAAUCAGUCAUCAGAAUAGUUGGUGAUUAAUUGAGUAGUUAACAACAGACUUAUCGUUUCAGCUUUACAUUUUUUAGUCAUAGUAUGUGAAUGACUCAGACAGCAACAGUAUACAGUACAACUGAUGGCUGCUUCAUACAGUGCCUUCUUGUAGAUGAAGUGAUGUAUAGACCAAUGGGAGGUAAAUGUCCAACUUUUUCUAAUUGAUAAGAACAGCCUGAACACACCAUUAACAAGCAGCUCUGUGCAGCAGGUUAGUUUCUACUGAGAUAACACAUCUGUCAGGCUGCUGUCACAUAUUCAUUCAUCUCAGAAUGCACACUUUAAUGAUUUGUGGCCCCAGAAUUGUGACCCAAAAAUGUCACUAAUACCAAACUGAUGGAACCAUGUGACAAACAUCCAUCCUAAGCCUAAGCUUUAUAGUUUAUUAGCAAACAAUACAGAUGUCCAAGUUUUCCAGGAUCCAGGAAAAUUGUCUUUUCUGAGUGUGAAAGUUAUCAGCCUUGGACCCAACUCUGUCAAAAGAUACUAAGUUUUUAUAUAUUUUUUUUCUUUCCUUGGGGGUGGGGUCAAACCAGUUUCUAUACUAUGUUGCUGACAUGGCCUGGUUUGUGGUCAUACACACAUACACUAACACCAGGAUCAGACUACACACUUAUCAGCUGCUUCUUUUACCAUGUGUGGUGAGUGAUGGAGGAAAAAACACCACUUCACAAUAUCCUGACAGAAACAAGCAGCAGGUCAGACUGUAACUACACAGAGUGCUCUAAAGCCUCUUUCAGACAUGCACAUUCAUCUGAUGGCAGUUUAAAGUGUCAGCCUCAUGUCUGAAUAAACACUUGAGUGUCACUUUCAACCUGAUACAAGCCUGACACAUAAAACAUGCAGAGAGAGAAAUGUGCUUCUAGUUUCACCUUCAAACAUCUGUCUUAUACAUAAUGUCUCAGUAAUCAUCUCAUAUGCACACAAUUAGAUUUGAAAUCCAUCAAUAAUGCAGGCUGAAAACAAGCAAAAUGUAUUCUUUUCUUUACAUGUUUCACUCACCUCUCCCUCUUUCUGUAAACGUCCUGAUACAUCUGAAUAGAGCUAUUAAGAACAUUCAUGUAAAACACACAGAUGCAGUCUCCAAUGUAACAUUUACAUGUCUGAAAAGAGCUUAACUGUAAACUCAGAGAAGAGGAAGAGGAGGAGGAGGAGGAGGAGGGUGAACCUGGACUCUGACUCAGGAGCUUUACACUCAUCUUACUGAAAUGUCCACGAAUGCUUCCAGCUUCACUUUCAUUCGUAUAACACUGAUUACAGGUGCUGCAGUCAGUCUCAUGCACCUCACCUGUUCAUCUGCAGGUUGCUCCAGGUGAGAAAGAACACGCUGUAUGAUUGGUCGAGGUCCAAACAGAACAUACUGUGUAGUCUGAUCCUGCAACAGGUCAAACUUUCUAUUACUUUAACAUUAAUGAAUCCAACUUUGACUGACAGCAAGUUCAGAUCAUGUGUCUUUUUGAUAUAUUUGCUCAAUUAUGAACUGAUUCAUUCAGGGUAAACACCUAAAAAAGUGAAGUUAUGUCAUCAAGAAAAUGCAUGGAGCAUCAUGUUAGAUGAUGAUGAUCUAAAGUUGGACUUUUCAUGUGAGAUCAGACUGGUGUGAAUGACUACAGCACUAUUGACCUGCUGUGAAACUGUAAAUGCUUUAUAAUGAAACCCUCCGUAGAAUGUUUGGUUGUUUUGUGCCGAUGGAGAUUUUCAAGUUUACAUGUUUGAUGAAGACUCUGUGUCUUUGUAACAUAAUGCUUCAAUGAUCCUUUUAUACUGAUCGAUUUUUCCUCUCUUUUUUGCUUUUAUUGUUAUUGAAUAUGUAAAAAAAAAAAAAAAAAAAAAGAUUAAAAAAACAAGUCAGAAUGAAAUAGAUUGUGAGAUGUUGACAUGAUAAUAAAAACUGAUUUCACAUUA